AUGACCGUCCCCAACAUUGGGGACAUCUUGGUGCUGUCGCAGAAGGCUUGGAAGAUUGGACGCACCUUUUCUGCUUGCCAAAAGAAUGCGCCAGUGGAGCUUCAAUAUGUUGAGACGGAAAUCGGCAGCCUCGCAAAAUCAUUGGCAUCGUUGGCAGAGACGCUGCACGCGGAGUCCGUGCGGCAGUUGUUACAGGACGCUGACCAGGAAAUAAAAUAUGGCGUUGGUACCAUCCUAAGGUCUUGUCAACGGACAGUAGAUGAUCUUGACUCGCUGAUCGACCAAUACCAAGUCAUCAAGAAGCACCGCACAGUUGGAGGGUUCGCAAUUGAGCGCUCGUGGAGCGAUCUGGUAUUAGCCUCAUACAGGACGAUGAUCUGGACUCCCGAAGGCGGAAACCUCGCAGAUCUGAAAGAGAUCAAGUCUAUGGCUCGUAUGGACAGCACCGUCAUACCAAUCGCAGAGCGAAUCGAUAACAUGCACCACUUGGCUGGAAGCAUCGAUCAGCAGCUUGACGAAGUACAUCGUAUGGUAGAGGACCUAAUGAUUGCACCACACACUUCACAUGUGCCACCCGUACCAGCAAAGAACCCUGCGCGUUCACCGACCACCGAAAACGCCGACCCAUUGAGCCAAACUCGCGGUUCGCUCGUCGAAUACUCGCACCGGAUAAACCAGGACGACCCCAGAGACGUCGAAAUGAUCCAGGCUUCUGAAGAGUGCAGAAUCGCCGUAGUACGGAAACGCGUAACCGACUCUGAGACGAAGGCAGUGCGCGUCGUGACAUCCGUAUGGGCGUUUAGCGACGACAACACCACCCGCGUGGAGCUACGUAUGGAAGACGACCAGAUGUACAUACCGUACUCCAGCUACUUCAACCCAGCCAAAGCCUCCAUCACAGUCCUCUGCGAGCUCAUAUUUCACGAUGUCAAACACGGCAAUCGGCCAGUGCGUGUAGAAAAGACUAGCUGGGUCAACUACGUCUUUGACUCACCACAAGCGGCCGCACUCUUCCAAAACGAACUAAUGGGCCGCAUCCUCCUUGCGACAUUCCGCACAGAGAAAACAAUGCGCAUCCACGAAGGCCUCUCCAAAUCCUUCUCCUACGCCGAGCAAAUGUGCGGCCUGGAGAACCUCCGCGUCUGGGAAGACAACGACACAGGCGCCAUCAUCGCCCUAAUCCAUUUCUCCGCCGACUUCCGAAAUGGCUACCUAGCCUUCUACCUCAACUCCUCCGUCAACCCUAUCAAAGUGAAAGACGGUGGGGACAGAGAGGUCAAGAUCAAAGGGCUGAGAGUGCCGAUUGAUCGGGGCGAUCGCGCGAUGAGGAAGGACAGUUUUGCAGAAGCUGCCACUGCUUCUGUUACAGGGAAAGGCAAGGAGAAAGUGGGGGCUGGGAAGAGUGUGGACAAGGGGAAGGUUAUCAGCGGGGCGAAGAUAGAGUUUGCGACGGAGAUGGAGAAGAGGGAGUUUUUGGAGAUGUGUAGCGAGAUGCAGAGGGAGUUGAUUGAGUUGCCGGAUUUGUUGGGGGUUAAUUGA